AUGGUGGAGUUCAUCCUAGUGGUGGCUGAGGUACUUCCUCAUCUGGAUGAGACCAAAAACAGAUUGGUCUAUGUGCACGGCAAGGUGAUCACUCAGCGCCAGAUCCUUGGUAUCGCGCAGAGGAUUGCGAGGGAGAGGAAGUGGAAUCCGGCGAAUGUCAACAUUGCCGGUUUGAUGGGCAAGUCGCGGGAGAGCUAUGCCAAGGAAGUGCAAGUGGCUUUCUCUGCCAAGCGAUCUUUGGGGAGAGUCUCCUAG